AUGAGCGACGGUCUGAAGAGAGACAGUCUUGAGGUCGACAAGAGGGUCACUGGCUCUGAGACGUUUACUAGGGAAGACACUUCUAAGGAUCAGGACGUUGCAGUUAAAUCGUUUGGUGUUAAGAAGUCUGAGCUUCUAGCUCAACAGUGCUCGAAUGUUUGGUUCAGAGCGUUCUUUGCGUUUGCCAUUUAUUUAUGUGCGUUUGCGUACUCCUUGGAUGGUAAUACCAGGUAUGUCUUCCAGACCAGAGCUACGGCUUCCUAUGACCAGCACUCGCUUCUUUCUACUAUCAACGUGAUUAGGAGUGUGGCUGCAGCAGCUUCACAGCCGGUUUAUGCUAGACUUUCCGAUGUGAUUGGUCGUUUGGAGUUGACUAUAGUGUCUAUCAUCUUCUAUUCCAUGGGAACAGUCAUCGAGUCUCAGGCUUAUGAUAUUCAGAGAUUUGCUGCUGGAUCUGUCUUCUACCAGGUCGGCUACUCGGGAAUCAUUCUCAUGUUGGAGAUUCUUGUGGCUGACCUUUCUACUAUGAACUGGAGACUUUUGGCAAUGCUUGUCCCUACUUUACCAUUUCUAAAGAUUACCUGGUUCAGUGGAAAUGUUACAGAAGCUUUGAACAAGCACCACUCGUGGAAUUACGCCAUUGGUAUUUGGGCUUUCAUCUUUCCACUCUGUUCUUUGCCAAUUUUGGGGUGUAUGAUCUACAUGCGUUGGCAGGCUUCGAAGACUGAUGAAUGGAAACAAGUCAACCAAGAAGAGCACGAUAGUCAUGUCGCUGCAAAUGCCCAUGCUAAGCCUUACCAGGAUAAGCUUCUUCAUACCGAGGGCUUUGUUUCAAGAACCUUGCUCAAAACUCGUAUCUUUUUCAUCAAAUCUCGCUAUGUAACGGUGGACCUCUUCUGGAGACUCGAUAUCAUCGGCGUCAUAUUUGUUAUCUGUAUCUUUGGGUUCAUCUUGGUGCCUUUAACCAUUUCUGGUGGUACACAGAGCUCAUGGGCAAAGGCAAGUUCUAUUGUUCCUCUUGUCAUUGGAGUUGUGCUCAUUCCACUUUUCGUGCUUUGGGAAGGUAAGUUUGCCAAAGAGCCUAUCCUUCCCUACAAGCUUUUGAAAGAGCGUGGUGUUUGGGCUGCUCUUAUCAUCAGUACCUUGAUUAACUUUGUUUCCACAAUGCCUGACGAGUACUUAUAUUCUGUUCUUAUGAUAGGAAUGGGUGCUUCAGAUAAGGCAGCUACAAGAAUCCUUUCCUUGUCUUCCUUUGUGGGUACCGUAGUGGCACCUAUCGUCGCUAUAGUCAUUAUCUUUGUGAAGCGCAAUAAACCAUUUAUUAUCUUUGGCUGCUGUGUCUGGUUUGCUUCUAUGGGUAUGUUCUACCAUUACAGAGGUGAUAAUAAUGGUCUUCAAAGACAAUACUAUAUUGAUGGAGUGAUUGCAGCCAAAUGUGUCAUGGGUUUUGGAACUGGUUUCUUUACUUACAACGUCAUGUUGUCUAUUCAAACAUGUACCAACCAUGAGUACAUGGCUGUUUUAAUUGCACUCUCCUUAGCAGUUUACAACAUUGGUCUUGGGUUAGGUGCUGCUGUAAGUGGUGCUAUUUGGACACAGCAGUUGUAUGGCGCCAUUGAGUCUGAAAUGAAGAAGCUAGGCUUGGAUACUGAAUUAGCAACUGCAGCUUACAGCGACCCCUUUUCCUUCAUUAAAGAAUACGGGUGGGGAACUCAGCCUAGAAUAGCUGUUGUGCUUGCGUAUGCUAAGAUCCAGCGUAAAUUGAUUAUUGCUGGACUCGUGCUUUGUGUUCCACUUGUGGCAGCUUCUUUGUGCUUGAGAAACCAUAAGUUGUUGCCUGUUUACCAUAUGGGAGAGGUAACGAAGGAAGAGGCCGAAAGAGAAGGAAAGACCGUGGUUGUUGUGAACAAAUACGACGAUGACCCUAUUGUUAACUUCUUCAAGAAGCUCAUAGGCCGUGGGAAGAAGACGGAUUCGGAAGUUUAA